AUGUCUCAGACAUCCAGCGUCCUGCCUGCCUUCCACUCCAUCAAGUCAUUGCCUCCUGAGUUUAAGUUUGCCAAUAAUCCAAACCCUCCGCUUGUGGAAAAACAUGGAGAUGUUAAAUUUAGAAGGUCCAAUCCGAUUGGAUCAAAUGGUCUUGAGAAUGGUGUACAUGUAGGGGAGGUUUCUAAGGAAGUUCGAGCCCGAGCUGGUGGCAUGGAUCUUUUCGAUGAGGAUUCUCCAUAUGGUGGAAAAGGUAGAUCAUUAAAAGAUCGACCAUCUAAUGCACAUGAGGACUCAGUAUCCGUUUCGUUGCCCCUGCCUUCAAUUUUAAUAUCCUCUAGGGAAAACAGGUGGAAUGAUACAAAUCUUUAUGGUUCAAAAAAGAAAGUUCAGUCUUGGCUCCAAUUACCAAAUGGGGAUUGGGAGCUGGUAAAGAUAAUAACAACUUCUGGAGCUGAAUCUGUCAUUUCACUGCCUGAUGGGAAAGUUUUAAAGGUAAAAGAGGAGAAUUUGGUGCCAGCUAAUCCCGACAUUCUUGAUGGAGUGGAUGACCUCAUGCAACUUAGUUAUUUAAAUGAACCGGCAACGAAAGCUGGGCCUGUUUUGGUUGCCGUGAAUCCCUUUAAGAAAGUUCCUUUGUAUGGUAAUGACUAUAUUGAAGCCUACAAGUGUAAAGCAAUUGAAAGCCCGCAUGUAUAUGCAAUUACUGACACAGCCAUCCGAGAAAUGAUACGAGAUGAAGUGAAUCAAUCCAUAAUUAUAAGUGGUGAGAGUGGAGCAGGAAAGACUGAGACAGCAAAAAUAGCAAUGCAAUACUUGGCUGCCCUUGGUGGUGGAAGUGGAAUAGAGAAUGAGAUAUUGAAGACUAAUCCAAUACUAGAAGCCUUUGGCAAUGGAAAAACAUUAAGAAAUGAUAACUCAAGUCGUUUUGGAAAGCUCAUUGAGAUUCACUUCAGUGAAACGGGAAAAAUAUCUGUUUUGCUGGAAAAGUCCAGAGUAGUCCAAUGCAACGAAGGGGAAAGGUCAUAUCAUAUAUUUUAUCAGCUAUGUGCUGGAGCACCAUCAUCUCUUAGGGAGAAGCUAAAUCUACUAAGUGCGGAAGACUACAAAUAUCUGAGGCAGAGCAAUUGUUAUUCAAUUACUGGUGUUGAUGAUGCAGAAGAAUUUCGCAUAGUCAAGGAUGCUCUGGAUAUUGUCCACAUUAGCAAAGGAGACCAGGAGAAUGUAUUUGCAAUGCUUGCUGCAGUAUUAUGGUUAGGAAACAUAUCAUUUACUGUGGUCGAUAAUGAAAAUCAUGUUCAAGCUAUUGAGGAUGAGGUUUACAAAGGGAUACCUUCCUUUGUCACUACUUUUGGUGCAAUGUGUCCUGAGAUCACAGGUCUGUUCACUGUUGCCAAAUUGAUUGGCUGUGAAAUUGAAGACCUGAAGUUGACUUUAUCAACUCGCAAAAUGAAAGUUGGUAAUGAUAAUAUUGUCCAGAAGUUGACGCUCUCUCAGGCUAUUGACGCGAGAGAUGCUUUGGCGAAGUCAAUAUAUGCCUGUUUGUUUGAUUGGUUGGUUGAGCAAAUAAAUAAAUCUCUUGCGGUUGGCAAAAGACGAACUGGCAGAUCAAUCAGCAUUCUUGACAUUUAUGGCUUUGAGUCAUUCAAUAGGAACAGUUUUGAGCAGUUUUGCAUAAAUUAUGCAAAUGAAAGAUUACAGCAACAUUUCAAUCGUCAUUUAUUCAAGUUGGAACAGGAGGAAUAUAUCCAAGAUGGCAUUGAUUGGGCUAAAGUGGACUUUGAAGACAACCAAGAUUGCCUUAAUCUAUUUGAAAAGAAACCACUGGGACUACUAUCCCUCUUAGAUGAAGAGUCAACUUUUCCUAACGGCACAGAUUUAACGUUUGCAAACAAGCUUAAGCAGCAUUUGAUUUCCAAUUCAUGCUUCAAAGGAGAACGGGAAAAAGCCUUUACUGUGCGUCAUUAUGCAGGGGAGGUCACUUAUGAUACAUCUGGAUUCCUGGAAAAGAACAGGGACCUAUUGCAUUUAGAUUCCAUCCAACUUCUAUCCUCAAGCAAAUGCCAUCUUCCCAAGUUAUUUGCAUCCCAUAUGCUCACUCAGUCUGAGAAGCCUGUAGUAGGUCCCUUACAUAAGUCCGGUGGGGCAGAUUCCCAAAAGCUAAGUGUUGCCACAAAAUUCAAGGGACAAUUGUUCCAACUGAUGCAACGUCUAGAGAGUACUAGCCCACAUUUUAUACGCUGCAUUAAGCCCAAUAAUCUCCAAUCACCUGGAUCAUAUGAGCAAAGCCUUGUACUGCAGCAGUUGAGAUGUUGUGGGGUUCUGGAAGUGGUUCGAAUAUCAAGAUCAGGCUUUCCAACUAGAGUGUCUCACCAAAAGUUUGCCAGAAGAUAUGGUUUUCUUCUCCUUGAAAAUGUUGCCUCUCAGGAUCCACUUAGUGUCUCAGUUGCUAUUCUUCAUCAGUUCAACAUUUUGCCUGAGAUGUUUCAAGUUGGCUACACAAAACUAUUCUUCCGAACAGGGCAGAUUGGAGUGCUUGAGGAUACAAGAAAUCGUACCCUGCAUGGAAUUUUACGUGUGCAAAGUUGCUUCAGGGGUCACCGAGCUCGUUGUUACUGCAGGGAACUUUGGAGAGGAGUCACCACUCUCCAAUCAUUUAUUAGAGGAGAUAAAAGCAGAAAGGAAUAUGCAGCUUUGCUUCAGAGACAUAGGGCUGCUGUUAUUAUACAGAAGCGGAUGAAAACAGUACUUGCAAGAAACAGAAUGACAAGUAUUAACGAUGCUGCGGUUGUCAUACAGUCAUUUAUACGUGGUUGGUUAGUCAGAAAAUGCUUAGGAAACAUUGGAUUAUCAAAACCUGGAGUCACGAAGAUUAAUGAGUCGGAUGAGGUUCUGGUGAAGUCGUCUUUCCUGGCUGAACUACAGCGCCGGGUACUUAAGGCAGAAGCUGCCCUAAGAGAGAAAGAAGAGGAAAAUGACAUUCUUCACCAACGCCUUCAACAGUAUGAGAGCAGAUGGUCUGAAUAUGAACUAAAGAUGAAGUCCAUGGAAGAAGUAUGGCAGAAGCAAAUGAGAUCCCUACAAUCUAGCCUCUCUAUUGCAAAGAAGAGCCUCGCUAUGGAUGAUUCUGGAAGAAAUUCAGAUGCUUCUGUUAACGCAAGUGAUGAGAGGGAUUUCGGCUGGGAUGUAGGAACCACUCACCGGCGCCAAGAAAGCAAUGGGGCAAGAUCUAUGAGUGCUGGUUUGAGUGUUAUAAGUCGGCUGGCUGAAGAAUUUGAGCAGAGAAGUCAAGUGUUUGGUGAUGAUGCUAAGUUCUUGGUAGAGGUAAAAUCUGGUCAAGUUGAGGCAAGUUUGAACCCAGAUAGAGAGCUCAGAAGGUUAAAACAGAUGUUUGAAGCCUGGAAAAAGGAUUAUGGUGCAAGACUACGUGAAACAAAGGUCAUCUUACAUAAACUUGGAAGUGAAGAUGGAUCAAUUGAGAAAGUGAAGAAAAGUUGGUGGGGAAGAAGGAAUAGUACGAGAAUAAGUUGA